CCUCACCGUCUCCUUCUCCAUCGGAGCGACCCGCGGGACCUCCAACCCCGUCCUCCUCCUCGACCCCCACCCCCACUCCGACCCAGACGCCCCCUCAGCCGGAGAUCGUGGCGGUGGACCGAGAGGCGGCCAGCAAAGGUCUGAUCGAGUGGCUGAGGCAGAACCCGAGCUACAGCAUGGACCUGCCUGCCUUGACUCACUCUGGAGCCAGUUUGUUGCACGGCUUCGUGGAGCGUCCCAAACAGAGACGACAUCGCUGCAAAGACCCCACCAAGCUGGACGUCAACUCGCUGACGGGGGAGGAGAGGGUCCCCGUGGUGCACCGAGGCACCGGACGCAGGCUGGGCGGGGCCAUGGCUCCGGCCAUCAAAGAGCUCUCCCGGUGGCUGGACGCCAACUCGGAGUACUUUGUGGCGCCGGACUGGGCCGACGUGGUCAAACACUCGGGUUUCCUCCCCGAGGGGAAGUUCUCCCGGAUCCUGACGGAACCGGUCAACAGAGACCCGGGUUCCCGACGCCGCGGACGCCGUCCCCGCAGCGAGAUGCCCAAGCCCCUCCUCUCCGUGUCGGACUCCGCCUCCUCCGGGCUCGGCCCCCCGCUCUACAUGAACGGCGGUCUGAUCGGCAGCAUGGACUCCAUCGUGGCCUUGCAGAACCUCCGCGGCGGCAUCCCCGGGAUUCCCAUCAUGGCGGCGGGGUUCGCGCACGGUUUCCCCACUGCGGUGUCGGCGGGCGGCUCUGGGUCCGAGGACGUGAAGAACGGUUUGAGCAUGUUGCCCAUGAUGCUGCACGGCAUCCCGCACCCGCACGGCGCCGCCAUCUCGCAGCACGCCCUGUUCAGCGUCGGCACCAUGAUGGCGCACGCUCCUCCCCCUCACCCUGGCUCCGCCUCCGCUUCACCCUCCUCCUCAGCUUCUCCUCCGGCGUCUGCUGCGAACGUCACCACCACCACGGCGCCGUCCGAGGCCGCCAGCUCAUCAUCGACGACGCCCGCCGACAGAGAAGCUGCCUCCUCCUCGACAGCGGGCGGAGAGAAGGAGAAAGGAGCGGCGGACAAGUCGGCCAUCAUCACCUCCGCCAGCCGCUCCCUCCUGAGCUCCGCCCACCUGGGAGCGGCCGCCGGCAGCCAUCACACCUUCAACCCGUUCCUGAUCCCGGGCGUGUCCCACGGCCUGCUGUACCCACACAUGUUCCUGCCGCACGGCAGCAUCAUGGCGCUGCCCGCCGUGCCCCCCGGCGCCGCCGACGCUGCCGCCUCGCCGGGGAGCCCCAAGAGGAGGAGGAAGAGGGCGCGGGAGGACGAGGAGAAGGCGGCGGCAGGAGACGCGGAGGAAAGCUCCCACCCGGCGGCCUCCUCCUCCUCCUCUACCUCAGCCUCAGAACCGCCUCCGAUGGAGGAAACCGGGCCGGGCGACGCCGCGGACGGGCCUUCAGAACCGCAGGAACCAGACUCCAAUACCCAGAGCGAAGGAGCGGCGCCUGGAGGCGGAGCGGAGGAGGAGGCGUAGAGGAGGAGGAACUGUCGUCUCGUCUCCUGCCUCCUCCCAGCUGAUGUAAAGUUUGUGCCGAGUCUGUACGUCUGCGUCCGUGUAAAAACUUUUAAUAUGACGGUUAGAUUCCUGUUUAUAUUCCAGAGUCCCGCCCAUCCUCCACAGGCCACGCCCACGCCACGCCCACUCCACCGUAAACAGAAAAAACAACUAGUCUGUACUCUCCCCGACCUUCUGCAUCCAGACUGAUUCAGGAGGAAAACACAGCGAGGAGCAGCGCCCUGAGAAGCAUCUUUUUUUUUUUUUUUACGUUCUGACACAUUUCACUCCGUUUAUUUCUCAUCCUACUUGUGCAAUAUUUAAAAAAAAAAACAGCUCCAACUUAAAUUCUGUUAGACUGACACUCCUGGAUUUAUGUGACACUAAAGCUACGUUUAAAAAGUGCAGCUGAGUCAGA